UGGGGGAGACGACUUGGCGCGAUGCAGCCACGCGAGUGGGCGGCGCGAUAUUCCCUCUCGCGCCUUCUCAUGUACCCUUGCGCGUUUUUUUAUAAUAUUCCCUCCGUCCGCUUUCCAAGGAGAGGAGCAAUUUCGAAGGGCUUCGUUGCGGAGGAGGGGAAAAAUCUUGGUCCUCUCGGCUCGAGACUCCUUGGCGGAAGAAAGCGGUCGUCGCGCGACUGAUAGUCUUCGACGAGACGCGUUAACGAAUAGUGUGAAAGCGUGAACCCCCUUAUCAGUUACGGGAAGAGUAGUGUUAUUUUCAUUCGUUCGGUGUUUACGUUGUUUUUCGCGAUUAAUUGUUUGUCGCAUGCGUACCACGAGAGAGAAGGAGCGGAAAAGACCGACGCGAUAAGCGUGUCCGUGAUCGGCGUGUACAUGUUGAUACGUUGAUAUCAAAGCUGCCGGCCGCGUCGAGCCCGGACCGACGACAACAAAGAAGAAGGAGGAGGAGGAGGAGAAGAUGCACCUCGAAGAUUAUCACGGCGAGAGGAGCGAGGAGGACGACGCGCGACGUCCCAUAUCCGGCCUGGACCAGGACGACUUCAUCGACGACAGUUCGCUUCCCGAUAUGGCGUCCUUAGUGUCCAUGACCGGUAUAGAAAUUAACGACGCACAAUCACAUUGCUGGAUGGCCUCGCAAGCGGACAACAGUACCCUUUUCUCCCCGUUGGAUCCGCAAGACUAUCUCGAUUGGGACCAGGUGCCCAUUGUCUUUCAGUAUCCUAAUACCGCGGGUGGAUCACCUGGAAGCACCUGCAGCGAAGCAACUACGCCAACUUGGAGCGGCGCACUAACGACGACGGGUCAUGGCGAGGAUAAAUCGGACUGUCAAAAGUUACCAUCAAUGGGCUCGGCCUUCUCUUUUUCGCGCACCUUCUGCAACGCGAUUUAUCCGGAAUACGGAACGGAAUCGCAUAGUGGUCAUCAGGAUUAUCAAGAGGAUUGCCAGGAGGACGUGGUGUCGUUGCUGAUGAGCAUGCAAAACGAUAUCGCCGCUCAAAAUUAUUGUUCUUCCUCCGUGCAGAUGUCUUCCGUUGGCGAUGAGUUUGACCUGAGUCUAAUUAGAGGCGAUCCGACGUCUUUGUUGAACGCCGUGGACUCGCCGUCGUCGUCGUCGGCGUCGUCAACGACCUGUCUGACGGGCGACGAUCAUCAAGAAUCAUUCCAGAACUUCGACCCGCCGUAUUACGCAGUCGGGCACCUCGUUUCUUCGCAGCAACAGCCGUCCGCGCUGUCGACGAUCAAUUUUGCCGGCGAUGUCGUCGGCGCAACAGACAGUUUCGGCAAUCAAGUGAUAUUGCCGCGGAACGAGGGUCUGCUGUUUGGCAAUCAGCGGGUCGCCGGGUCAAAAGUCGCGGGAAACGAGAAGAGUGAUAAGUCGUACGAUUGUACGAAACCAGUGGAAGAGAACUUGCUCGUGUCGGCUUACCAAUGCCACUGGAUCGACUGCGGUUGUGCGUUCGCGGAGCAGGAAGGCCUGGUCCGGCACAUCGAGAGGCGGCACGUGGAGUCGUCCUCGACGAACACGCACGGUCACGGCAGACGGAUGCAGCGAAUUGACCGAGAUAAAGAGCGCGAAGGCAAAGAGGCAGGGGAAGGUUUUCCCGGCGCCGCGACGAGUCGCGAGGACGAAUUCGCCUGUCUGUGGCAAGGGUGUCCGCGCGCGCGACCCUUCAACGCGAGAUACAAAUUGCUCAUUCACAUGCGGGUACACACGCAAGAGAAGCCGAACAAAUGUCCGUUCGCCGGUUGUAAGAAGGCCUUCAGCCGUCUGGAGAACUUAAAAAUUCAUCAGAGAUCGCAUACAGGCGAGAGGCCUUAUGCAUGCCAACAUAAUGGCUGUUCGAAGGCAUUUAGCAACAGCAGCGACCGGGCUAAGCAUCAGAGGACACAUUACGAUAGAAAACCAUAUGCUUGCCAGGUAAGCGGCUGCGGCAAGCGUUACACGGAUCCGUCGAGCCUUAGGAAGCACCUGAAGAAUCAUACAGAGAAUUCUAAUACAUUGUCCAGUUUGUUAUCGGAUAAAGUAUCAACGACAACCAAUACAACAGGACAUACAUUAAAUUCGACGAAUCCUUGCCGACAACGCCAAAACGCAUGUAUCUUUGAUGUGGAAACGAAUCAUCCGUCGUAUAAGCUGUCUAAAAUCUAUAUUAAAGAUGAAGACGCAAAUAAUGUUUGUCACCCGAAUAGAAUCUCCAUAAACUUUGACAACAACCAGCAGGAGUACGUGCCGAUCGAAUCGGUUCGUCAUCUUCUUAUGAACGAUAUCAACAACGCGCAAAACGAAAAUACAGGAUACUGUGCAUCCGCAGAAGAUGAUAUACCGGAUUUUCACGAUCUUGGCGCCGACAUAGAACGGCAAUUCCACGAGCUAAGCGCUCUCGAUGAUGCUAUUUUCAUCGACGGAUGAUUUCCCUCAGCGGGAGAAUCCUUUUUCUCAUGAAGGCGAAACAGGAUAGAUGCUUCAGUGAAUGAGCGGUAAGAAUACAAGUUUGACUUGUCGAAAAAUCACCCUCGGCAAAUUCAAAUAAUAUUAUUUAAAUAUGAUUAUUUAAUACGAAAUUAUUUUCAUUUAAUAUGAUUUUAUUUUUAUU